CAGUCAGCUUGUAUUCCACUCUGAGGAGCCCAGGGCCACCUACCCAUGCCUGGGGUAGAAGAUGGGAGGAACAGGGUGCUGGGAAGCACCAGCCUCGCCCUGUGUUCCCCUCCCCUCCGCACCCCCAACUUGUUGAGCCCUCUGUCUCAGGAGGGGAAGCCUCCUCUUCUGCCUGCCUCUGAGCACCCCAGCAGAGAUUUCCCCCUCCAGUCUGGCUGAAGGUUGGGUGCUGCCGUGCAGAUACCUGAGGCUGUGAGGCGGUGCUGGCCCAGUCCCUGCCCCCUGCUCUCCGGGUCUAGCUGGAGCCGCCCAGCUCAUUGCACUGCCAGUGCAGGGAAGGAGGUGCACACAGCACAGGUAGGUGAAGUGCUGUGGGGUCCUGGCUCUCCUCAGGAACCCACCAGCUCACUUUUCUCUUCUGCCUGGCUUUUAUUUCCCUCUAGCACUUUCCAGCCUGAACCCCUUGAGGGUUCCCUCACUGCAUAUAGUGCUUUUUUCCAGAGGUGCUGGUAGCUUGGCUGCAAGGGGGAGGAUGGGCACUGGCUGUGCAAGGGCUUAUCAGCAAGAUUUCUGGUUAUGAGGUUAGCUUUCUGGUUAUCAAGCCUCAGAUAAGGCAGCAGCUACAUUGGAGUGAGUGAUAAAAUGUCUAGAAUUUCUUUACAUGGCAGAGCGACUGUUCAGGGAGCAAGAGGAGAAGGCGGUCUGGGAGCUCCUCAUAACUGGAGAGUUCUGCAAGGGUGACAUCUCGGAGAUCUGAUCAUAGCAUGUGCUGCCAUGGUGCAAGGAAUGAUCUCUGGGGAAAUACUGGAUGUAAUCUGCAAGAGAUCCCCAGAGCAUGAUUUGGGGUUGUCUAAGAGCUGCUGUGGACUUCAGCAGACAGACUUGUUUCACUGCCAGAGGAACUGUUUCAUCCCGCAGAUUGUGUUACCAAGCAGGGCUAUUCCACAACAGACUUCUUCUGCACCUGCCAAUUGUUCACUGAAGUUAGUCAGGAUAAAAAAGCACUUUCUUAGCAUUUAAUCUCCUUAUAUGUUAGUUUAGCAUGCUUUAAAUAAAUUAUACUCCCCGAUCAAAGUGAAUGAAUUAGAAUAAACAAAUCAGGAUUGACAUUUAUAGCAUAAUUUAAACUAUGUGAAGUAAUCAAACCUUACUGCAAAAUUAAUAGGGCAAAGUCAGAAACAAACACAAGAAAGUUCAUUGUCCGGGAAACCAGAUACUUCUGAAUGAGAGACGUACUGUGGUGCUCCCAAAAGAAUGGCUGAAAAGGGUUUCAGUGUGUGCAAGAACAGGACAGAGGCGAUAGCUUCUUGAAGUCUUAAUGUUUAAAUUUUUCCCCAUCUGUCAGUUUGAGUCACUUCUGUUUAAAGACUGAAGUUAAGUAUUUGUGCUAGACUGAAGUAUUGCUAGAGGCUGUUAAAAAGCAUCUUCACAAAAAAGUACCUUGCUGAAACAUGAGAUUAAACAAUCUGUAAAAGGUGUUCAUAUUUAUCAGAUGUUCAGAUCUGUAACACAAGCUGUGGCAGAGAACUUUUAAUUAAAAAAGAAUGGAUCCAAAUUCAACAGCAAAAGGAAAUGCAGAAAUUAGGUCUCUUCAGACAUACUCUUAAAGGAAAGGGAGAGAAACUGUAACAAAGUCAUCCCAGUGUCAGAAUGCAGUUGGCCAACAGGGAUCUCCAUGUAAUUUGUUAAAACUGGGGACUAAUCCCAGUGUAAGAAGCUGCAAUCUGCAGAGCAGGGCGUCAUCUAAUACCUCACAGUCACCAGUCUCAUGGCUGGUCAGAGGGCCAGGCUGAGGGUGCAGAGGCAGAAGAUCCUCUCUGCAGUAAACUUAGUGCAGUGUGGAUUAAAGUAGCCUGUGGUCCUCGGCACUGCGGAGGGCAUGUGGCUGCAGAAAUACCUGCAUCAAGAUCUGUUCAGUCUGUGCUUCCUUUCCAUCCCAUUGCAUUACUGCAGUCUGCAUUCUUGUCCUUCAGGAACUAGACUGAAAGAGACAAAUUCAUUUCAUGUAGGACAACUGUGAUACUAUCAGUCUUUUCUGAUGAGAAUGAGACACACCUUGAUGAACUGCUCCAGGUAUCCCAUUACUGCUCUUCCAGCUAAUUUAUCUUUCAAUGAUCUUCAUAGCAGCGAUAGCAAGAGCUACUAAAAUAUGUAUUUCCAUAGAAACUAUGUCCUAGCUGAUGGUGAAAAGUUGAUUGUAUGUUUGAGAGUAGAGCUUUCAUCCAUCUAAGUAAAGUGGCAUGGUCUUGAACUCCAGCCUUCCCAUGUGUCACUUUCCUGCUGUUUCCGAAGGGCAUAAGGAUAUUGCCCUCUUUAUAGAGUGGCAGCAGUAGGGAAGAGGAGCAAUCCUUCACCUUCCGUGCCUGGAGCACCCUGCAAUGCCGUGUGGUGAGCGAGAGGGCUGGACCCUCCAGCCAUUUGAGUUCAGAGACCUGCAAAUGGAGGGUCCCUGACCUGGUCUGCAGUAAUUGUGCAGGCAACUUAAGCUAGAGAAAGCUUAGGGUUUGUUUGGAGCUUGUUUACUAUUUCCUUUUUCGCUCCCCCAAUUUCUUUUCUAUUUUAUCUGAAUUUAAAAGGAUUUGUUCGCUUUAACAAAAUUGCAUUUAAGUAAUACUGAAGUGUAAAGUGGGUUAGUAAGUAAGCAGUGCUUCUAGGAAGGAAAUUAAAAGAGCUGCUUGGUAAAAGAGAAAUAAAUCUGUCUGCACAUGCACACUUGACAGACUUGUAUUUGCAUAAAAUGUAUCUCUAUCUUGGGAAAAGACCUAUAAUAAAAACUUGGGAGCAAGCACUUUUAGAUCAUUCUGAUCUCUAUCUAUACUCCAUAGCUUAGUCUGUCUCUGAUUUAUAGCUAUGAAAGUUUUGUGUGAGUAUUGCCUUUUGACUGUUCUUUAUGUUUUCCUUUUCAAUUUAAAUAUCUUCUGAUUUUAAUAAGCACUAGAAGAAAUGUCCAGACUUUUGAAGAUAUGUUUCUUAUUGAUGUCAGUGAAUCAUGCUGAGAUCAUACGCAGUCGAAACACUGAAGAUUUGCCUCCAUUAUUACACAAAGCUGUGGAGGAAGUAAUAACUGGGAAAUAUCUGAAUGCACUCCUUGAUAUAUUUCAUUUUCAAAGUUCUAAUGUCUGGACAGCAGAUACACUUACAAAAGUCAUGGCAUAUUUUCAUGCGCAGGAAGUUAUGUUCACUCUUAGCAGUCUACAGAUGUCCAUAGAAAGUUACCUGAAGAACCUCUUAUACCAGCCUAGGCAGCUACUGUCUGAAUUUCAACAGCUUGAUCAGCAGCAGUUCCAAACUGCAAUGAAGUAUCUCUUCAACAGCAGAAAGGACCAUCUUGAAAUGGGAAAUAUUAUUCUUGAUUGGGACAAAACUAGAGAGAGAAUAUUUCAAAGCCCAGGAGUAAACAGGACCUUGUUCCUUAUAACACUGGAUAAAUGCUUUCUGGCUCUGAGUGCUCUGGACUGUGUGGAUAUCCUAAGCCAGGUUUUGCGUGUGUCAGUGGUGAACUAUCUCCAACCUGAUGUCAUUGGGAGCCUCCCAACCAUUCUGCCGGAGGAUGCUUUCAGAAACUUAUCAGCGGUAUUCAAGGACCUCUAUGACAAAACCUCAGCAAAUACGCAGAAAGCUCUCUAUGGCUGGAUGAAGCAGAUUCUACAAAAGUCCUAUAACAUGAGUGAGUUCAAUGAAUCAACUUCUUGGGUCACUGCAGAAAGCUUAUGGAUCUUGGGAAGAUACAUGGUCCAUCUCCCACUGGAAGAAAUUCUGAAAAUUAGUCUCAAUGAAAUAAGACUAUUCAUAAGCUAUGACAAUGCAACAAAGCAGUUGGACACAGUGUAUGAUAUCACACCAGAGCUUACACAAGGCUUCCUGGAAAGAAUAAACUCAUCAGGAUUUGAUAUGAGAAACACUUCAACUAUCUACAGGUUAGGUUUAUUGGUUUGCUUUUAUGAUGACAUGGAACAGAUGGAUGCAGCUGUGGCCCGGGCUCUACUUCAUCAAAUGAUUAAGUGUAAUCAGCUAAGAGGUUUCCAGGCCGAGGUUCAGAAGCUCAAAUCUCAACUCCUGGACAUUGCCAUGCAAAACCAGACAUUGAAUGAUAUCCUUGGAUCUCUGUCAGAUGCUGUAGUUGGACUAACCUCAAGUCAGCUGGAAUCUUUGUCACCUGAAGCAGUGCAUAAUGCUAUUGCAACAUUAAACCAAGUAUCUGGGUGGACAAAAAGCCAAGUUAUGAUUUUAUCCAGUAAAUAUCUCUCUUAUGAAAAGGUUUUAUCAUUUUAUAAUGUUAGUCAAAUGGGCGCAUUGGUAACUGGUAUCAGUACCCAGUCAUUCUACAGCAUGAACCCAAAAGAGCUUUCUCACAUUAUUCGAGGCACAACAUCCCAGUACUUACCUGACUUAUCACCUGCACAGCAACAAGGGAUCCUCAGGAAGAUAGCUGCAUCUGGAGAUUUUUCUUCAUCAGUCAAAGAUAUACCAGGAGCUUUCUUUAAAGAAAUAUCUCUUCCUGGUUUAUGGAAGCAGACUGGAUAUAAUUCUUCAAUGAUGAAAGAAAAAGAACUAAGAAGAAGCCAGGCUUUAUAUCUGUAUGAAUUACUGUCUAAGAAAAACUACCCUGUUGAUCUUCUAAGCACAGGACAGCUUGUGAAAGGAGUAACUUGUCAACACAUUGAAAGUAUGGGUACAGACAUUUUUUUAAACACUUUUAAAUUCUUUGAAACGAAUCUUCAUCUACUUUCUCCAUAUCAGAUUAAUUGUUUGGCAUGGAAGUUUUGGAAAGUCUCCAAUGUAUCUACUCCUCCAUUCCUCUUACUGGUGCUUCCGAUUGAGUACCUGGAGUAUGUUUCAGGCCCCUUGUGUGUCCCUUUUGUUGCAAGUCUGGGGAAGACUGAGAUGAAUCUUUUGAAUCCCAGCCUUCACAAAAAGAAUGCUGUCCUACAAAAAGUACAGGAGUGCUUGAACGGCUCCAUUGCUGAUGAAUAUGAUGUUGACCUACUUGGAAAUUUAAUCUGCCACUUACCUCCAGCCUUUCUACAUGGCAGAAUGUCCCUGAAGGCAAUGGCAACAGCCCUUCAUCCCUUCAAGCUCUGCCAACAGCUCAGCCAUGAGCAGAAGACUGAAAUUAAAUACAAACUACUUGAGUUAUAUGGUUUCCCGAGCAACUGGACAGCGGAAACGACAUUAGAUGUUGGACCAUUCAUAACUCUGCUGUCAAAAGGGGAAUUAAACAUCCUUGCUGAAAAGUUCCCAGAUAUCAUUUUACAAAUAGCAAAGACAAGCGGACCAAUUUCUUCAGCUGAAGAGCUUCUAUCAACUGUAUUUGAAUCUGUCUCCAAUGCCACUGCCAACAUCAAAUCACCUGUCACCAGACCUGAUUGCCUGGGAACCAGAGUUCCUACUUCAGAUGAAAUCAUUAAAUUAGCAGAAGCAAAUGUCUUUUGGUCAGUUCAGGAACUGAAAUGCAUGGACGCAGGGACUUUUGACAAAAAUGUGGAACUUCUUGGGACUGUCUCUGGUUUUAACAGUUCUCAGCUUAUUGCCUUGAAGGAAAAAGCCAAGCAGGUUUGGGGAUUGCUGCCAGACUGGAAGAGUUAUCAUAUUGUUUCCCUGGGCCGCAUUGCUCUAGCACUCACUGAACAUGAAAUUGAAGAGCUGGAUUUGCAUUCUAUUGACACCAUUUCUGUACUUAGUCAGCAAACAGGAUGGACUCUUACCCAGGCAAGAUCUAUUUUGCAAGGUUUUCUAGAAGACUCUGGCCAGACAAUCAGUACACUGAAAAGCUUUGAUUUAGUUGGAUUAGGAGCUAUUCUCUGUGCUUUGAACUCCACAGAAAUCAUGUCCAUAAGGCCUGCUGAAUUCAGUGCUGCUGUUGCAAGAAUUGGCCUGUUGUUUUGUAGCACCCCUGUUCUGAGCCAGUUUAAGAAGAUGACAGAAUCUGUGUUUGGUACCACUACCAGCUGGAACGGAUCUGUUUUGCAGGAAAUUGGUACUAUAGCAGGUGGUUUGAAUGAGGAUGAAUUAAAAGCUUUUGAUAAAAAUUUGAUGCCAUAUUUCCAGCCAGUGGCAAUAAGACUUAUACCUCCUGAAAUUUUCCAAGCAUUGUCCCCAGAACAAAUAGCAAACCUGGGCCCUGAAAGUGCCGCCAUGGUUACCAGGUCACAGCGUGAGCAUCUGAAUACAUCACAGCUCCAAAGCCUUCAGCUGGCACUGGAUGGAGCCAGGACAAGCACCCCAGAGACACAAAACACUGCAAGCACUACCCAGGAGGUGCAAAUCGCAGCUCCAAGUGGUGAGUAUAGUCGCCCUUCUUCAGAGAGGGGAAGGACACACAGCAGUGGGGUGUUCAGUCCUGCAUCAUCCACCAGGAUCACACCUGUAUUUUGA